CGUCUUGUAUGUACACCACAAAAACCAUAAUUCCCAAGGAUCCCCUUAGCCUUCGUCUUGGCUCCACAACAGCACAACUGAUACUAGUAAGGAAGAAAUAAAAUGGCUCCGGUGAAGGUGUACGGGCUGCCUAUGAAUGGGAGCGUGGCGCGCGUUCUGGCGUGCCUGGAGGAGGUAGGCGCCGAGUACGAGGUCGUGGCCGUUGACCUACACACCGGCGAGCACAAGAGGCCGCCGCAUCUUGCUCGUAAUCCCUUCGGCCAGGUCCCAGCGUUCCAGGAUGGAGACCUAGUUCUCUUUGAAUCACGAGCAAUCUCAAAGUAUAUACUCCGGAAAGGAUCAUCAGACUUACUGAGGGAAAAUAACCUCUCUGAGUCCGCAAUGAUUGAUGUGUGGCUUGACGUCGAAUCCCACAAAUUUGACAACGCCAUGCUGCCAAUCAUCUUCCAAGGUCUCGUCAUCCCGGUUUACAUGGGCGGGACUAGCGAUCUCAAAAUUCUUGAAGAAAACCUGGAGAAACUGAAGGAAAUCAUGGAAGUCUAUGAGGAACGCCUGUCCAAGUCCAAGUACUUGGCAGGGGAUUUCAUUAGCUUAGCGGACAUUAGCCAUUUCCCAAUGGUUCACCUAUUGCAUGAAACUCCCUAUGCGGCGGUGCUCGAUGCAUAUCCACAUGUGAAAGCAUGGAUUGCUGGCGUAAUGGAUCGGCCUGCUGUGAAGAAGGUCAUUGUGCUCAUGAAGACAUUUGGUUGACAAAGAACUAUACAAAGAGAUUAAUGUUAUUGGACAUGCAUGAUGCGGUUGUGGUUUCAAAAUACUAUGAUUUUAAUAAAGGGGGCACACUCUGUAAUAGCUAGUAUCUCUUUUCUCAGUUUGUAUAAUUGUCAUGUAUCAGUUAUAUUUCAUUGUUUUA